AUGGUGAAUUGCAGCAGUUGGGCUGACGUAUGGGAAUCUUGCGGUGGUAAAAGACAAUCACCUAUCGACAUCGUUUCGGAGAAAGUGUUGACAGCCGGCCCUGAGUUUCCUCUCAUCUUCACCGGAAAUUGCCCUCACUUCAGUUUGUCGGCACCCCACGAGCCUCUUGAGUGUGACGUUUUCAGAGGCAACUGUGAGGUUUCAUUAGAAAAUAGCGUCUACAAGUUGGCUCAAUUCCAUCUGCACGCUCCCUCGGAGCAUACUCUAGACGGCAAACAAAAGCACGGUGAGAUCCACUUUGUCCACAAGAGCAUUGAUGGCGAUGCUCUUCUAGUGGUGGGUAUCUUUCUUGAACUUGACGCAGAGUCGGACCCAUGGCUCGGCCCCUUGCUGGAUACUCUUGAAAAUGUUAGUUCAGCGCAACAAACAGAUGCUGUUAUGGUGCGACUGAAACCGUAUGCGAAAUUGAUUAACACCGCAUUUGCUAAUGGUGGUGCUUACAACUACCCUGGUAGCCUGACUACUCCCGGGUGUGCCGAAACUGUCGACUGGUGGGUACUCAAAUCCCCAAUGAAAAUUUCAUCUAUCGACUAUGGCCGUCUUCACCAAGAUCUGGUCGAAUAUGAGAUCACGGACAACGGCAACAAUGCACGUCCUGUUCAGCCUUUGCUAGGCCGUUCUGUCACGUAUUACACGUCAUAA